AGAUCAAAACCCUUCCAAGUUUUUUUUCUUCUCCAAGCCCUUCGAAAAAGGAAACAUCAACAUUCAGGGCUGGAACGGAAUCAUCAAAGGUUCAGAGAUUUGGGAAUAAAUUGAAAAUUACGUCGCAUUUUCCUUCAUCGGCGGUUUCAAAAGUAUGCUCUAUCUUUCCAUGAAAAGCAAGCUAUGAAAUAUAAUAGCAAAGUGGCCUCAACGGUUUUUUGAAUACUCCAAUUGGCAACCCUGAGUAUCCACAACAAACAGCAAGUCGUCGUACCAUGAACAAACACAGCAGAGUGCACAACAACACAUGGAGGAGAGAAACUGAGUUAGAAUUGAGAUUAUUCGAUCCAAGAAAAUGUCAGUGGGUCGUGCCUAUGUCCUCCUAUCUCAGUCGAGGCGAUGGCCCUCAGGAUACCGUCGAUUAUUGCACCUCAGUCCCUCCAUAGCCACCAUGUGGCCUCCUCACUUCGAAGACCCCAUCUGGCAACAGAACGCCCUCAAGGAGUUGAGCGGUUCUCAAGAGUUUGAACGCCUCAAGACGGUCCCCAUCAAAUCGGCUCCUUUCACCGCCUCCGCCUCCAUUUUUUACUCGCCGAUCGUGGAACGGUUCACUCGGCAGUUGAUGCGCAAGGGCAAACGCGAGAUUUACGAUCGUCUCAUGCUGGAUACCAUGGGCGAGAUCAAGCGGAUUCAAUUGUCGCGAUAUUAUGACGCCAAAAGUGACACUGCCCGGACUGAGAUCGAAACGUGCCCCACGCGGAUCAUCGAAAUGGCCGUGGAAAACGCCUCGCCCCUAAUGCUAAUUCAAUCGGUUAGGAUGGGCUCGGUACAGUACCAAGUGCCCACCCCGAUCACGGCGGAGAGAACGCCCUUUGAGGCGAUACGUUGGAUCAUUGAAAUUGCUUAUGAUCGUCCGAAUAAUCGGAAAUUGAGCUUUUAUAAGUCCUUGGCGGAUAUCAUAGUGCAGACCUCCAUGAAUGUGGGGCCAGUCAUUGCCAGGAAGCACGAGCACCACCGAAUUUGUGAUCAAAACCGAGCCUACGCGAAUUACCGCCGCCAGCCUUAGAUACUAUGCGAUGUGAAUGUUAACGUUGUUUAAAUAAAGUAAUAGACCGUGUGUUUGUGGCCUCUAGUCUGAUUCACAUGUGCUUUUCCAAGUGUUCGCGGCAACUGAAAUCGGGAUUGAUGGCUGAAACAAAUUUAUUACAUUGCAGA